AAUAAUGACCGCCCGAUCUGAAAUCUGUGGCUGGAUUUAAGAAUCCCCAAAUCCCGGAGACUAUGCCCAAAACCCUCGCUCGCGCUUAAAAGAGAGAGAGAGAGAGAGAGUUGAAUGAUGAAUGCUUCUGUGAGGACGAUAGAGAAAUUCAUUCCUUUUCCAUACUCCAUCAAACAAAUCUCACGUAGGUGUUCUCCAGUAGGGGGUUUCCCUUCUUUGUAUCAGAGGAGAUUUCUUGGAUCUAAAUUGAGCCGAAUGUCCGAAAAUUCGGUCAGGUGUGACUUGGGUCUUCAGCCUAAGGCCGAAUGCGUCUUCCCGGCAUCUGAUGAUCACAUUGAAGAAGCAAUUGAUGCGAUCAAAGCUGGGAAAGUUAUCGCGGUUCCAACAGAUACUAUUUAUGGAUUCGCUUGCGAUGCGUGGUUAGUGUUUUCGGAAGCGGUUAAUCGUAUCUACGAGAUUAAAGGACGUAAGCAUACAAGUCCUCUGGCAAUUUGUGUUGCUGAUGUCCCUGAUAUUUCACGGUUUGCCCUUGUGGAUCACUUACCCCAUGGUUUGCUUGAUAGUCUACUUCCUGGACCAGUUACUGUUGUUCUAAAACGAGGUGAAUCUAGCAUUUUGGAGAAGUCCCUUAACCCCGGUUUGGAUAGUAUUGGGGUCCGCGUGCCGGACUUUGACUUUAUUCGAGCCAUUGCUCGUGGUGCUAAAAGUGCUUUGGCGCUCACAAGCGCCAACCUUAGUGGGCAGCUGAGUAGUGUCAGUGUCAAAGAUUUUGAGAAUCUUUGGCGACACUGUGCUUUUGUUUACGAUGGUGGCCUGCUUCCUUCUGGACGAGCUGGUUCUACGGUGGUUGAUCUAAUAAAGCCAGGAGCAUAUAAAAUUUUGAGAAAUGGAAGUGCAUUGGAGGAAACAACAGCGAUCCUUCAGAAAUUCGGCCUAGAAGAAACACCUUGAUGUUGAAUAGAAAGGUUGAAUCUGCCCUUGUUGUUAGACAUAGCUUUCUUGCCAUUUUACCUUCUUUUACGACAAACCAAUUGUAAGGAAAAACAAUUUGACUUAAAUUUGAUGAAAGUGAUUUCACACCGGUGGCGGUUGACAAAAACAUGUUCUCUUCUGUACCAAGAAAAAACUUCUAUUUUUUUCAGAUUUUAUUUGUACAAGGACAUAACCUUCCAUUAAAUGGAUCGAGUUUAAAAAGAGAGACCUUUGGUAUAGUGCAUUUCAUCUGAGUGUUCGUUGAUUUUGUUUGUAUCACUUAGGUGUUCUGAGGUCACUCUUCACAUUUUUCGUAAGAAACUUCGAUAAAUAGUGUCAUAUAUAUGCUUAAAUCAAAUUUACUUGACCAUAUCCUUGGAAGCAGUGUUUCCUCAUAUAAUUUUUUUUCUUUCUCGGCCACUUUGUUCGCUUUAGUCUUAUGUACAUGGUGUUGUCUAUAAAAAAUAGUGUAGUUGAUAUGAGUAUGCUCUCUUCCAUGUUUUAAGGUCUGUUUGGCUAGCUAGAGCUUCUGCUGCUGCUGCAGUGAAAAGCUGUUGUGGGAAAGCUUAUUUAGGCGUCCCAACUGCCUUAAGAAUAGAACUUUUUUUACUUGGCUUUUCAAUGCAUUUUGAGUUAGCUCCACGGAUUAUUACUUUCUUCGAUAAAUGUCCUUAUAAAGCUAGAUGGAACUUUAUAUUUAAUGAUGUAUAAGGACAUGACAUGACUUUUUCUUGGUCACUAAAUCUUAUCAGCAUGCUUUGAUCUCAUCAUUAGCAUCUGACCCAUCCUAUGGGGCAAAAGUAAAGUAUCCUUUUAUUUUAUGUUUAAGAUAUCUAUCUCAUAUGUAUUAGGAAUCAAGUGCUCUGAUCUUAAAGCAACCAAAAACACUGGCCUAAUGUCAUAAUGAUAGCAUGUUUGGACCCCAUAAAAAAAGUGACACCCACAACCAUGGACAUCCUCUUUGGAAUUUAUUAUUGUCUUAUCUCACAUCUGAAAAAUUGAAUGAUCCCCUCUUCUAAUGUCCUAGUUCAUGCUGAAUAGCUUUUUAUGGGUCUUCUUCCUAAACAUCUGAGCCAUAGGAACAUGUACAUAACAGAAUACGAGAAUUUUCACCUUGUUGAAUAUAUUGUAGAAAUCAUGUGUUUUCUGUACUGGCUAAAUAUAGAUGCAUUCAUACCUGCAUACACACAUAAUUUGCUUGUCGAAUAAUUUGUAUAGAUGUGUUUUUUGUAACUGCCCGGUGCUGAAACACGUUUUCUUCUCA